AAUGCUUAAUGAAAUGUUACAAAGCAGUGAGGUUGUGAAGCCAUGUAUUAAAUGCAAAACUGGGUACGUUAUUAUUCAAAAAACAAAUUACUGAUUUUGAGAAAUACCUGAAAGCCAAUAGAAAUUCUUGAAUUUUUCAAUAGGAUUGCUGAUCCGGAAUACUUUGAAGUGAAUACACUCUGUCACUUAGAAGUGCUGUUUUUCUUCUUGCAAAGUAUUUCCACAAUUUAGACUGGAAGUUCCUCGAGAAUUUUGUUCUAAGUAUAAUUGAGUUAGAAAUUGACAAAGAAUUUGCAAUUAAAAUAGAGAAAAUUUUACUUCGCUUGGUGUUCAGAUAGAUGAAGAUGCUCAUAUCGAUAAAAUCAGUUUGAUGCUCAUAUCGAUAAGAUCUGUAAAAAGCUGAUCUCAUUGCAUUUUGUUUUUCUGGGCGAUUCAUUUCUGGUCUUUACAAAGAAAUAAUAUACUUGUUUAAACUUUUCUAUCGUCUUGCAUUUGUAAUUACCUUAUCAAUAUAUUUUAAUUGCUUUGAGCUUUGCUUUUGCAUGAUUAAGAAUAAAGUUUUCCUUUACGAGGCCCUAUUUUUCACAUGCCGUAGAAACUCUAUUAAGCCCCACUCUCUUUUAAGCCCCCCCUCUUGAGCCCCUGAUGUCAAGCAAAAGUGUGCAUGGAGUGGGUCUCUUGACGGGUGAUUUUCAUAACAAAAAAAGCACAAGGGCAUUUUUAUAACCAUUUUUACAUUGAAUUAUUAAUAAGCCCCCCCCCUCUCUAAUAAGCCCCUUUAGGACUGACAAAAAUAAAUAACCAUCUGGGGGCUUUAUAUAGCUUUUACGUUAAUGCAGCAUUUUUAAGUAGAACCCUACGUACACCCUCUCUUAGCAGAACACAAGGGAUUACAGAACCAUAAACAAACUUUUAGAUUUUCUAAGGAAACAUUGCAUUUUCCUUUUCGUUAAAAUGUUUCAAUCCCCUAUCCCUAAACUUACGCUCCUAUAUUUAAGUCUUGCGCUAUUCGUUGUACCAAAUAACUCUGGGGACAGUAUCUGGGUUAAAACUUGUAGGGUAUGCUUAAACGCUGGAUGUUCUGUCCGUGGGAUUCUGAAUUAAAUUGCAUAAAUAAUUAUAACAACAUACUAUAAAAGGCGAUUCUGCAAUCGGGCAGCAUUUACUGGAAAACCCAGAUUAUGCAAAAAACUAUAAUGGCGACAUGUUUCGGAUUAUUGGUAAAGCCCGAUCGUCGUCCCAUCUAGCAGUUUUGGAAUCUAUCUACAUAAACAUUAAAAAAAAUUUGUAGACAGAAGGAGUUCGCUUUAACCUUAGGACUCCAUUGGUAACAUUUUUAAUAGGCAAGCUCCAAUAAUUGGGCAACUUCAACAGUCAUGUGCUCACGUUUCUGAUUGGCCUAUUUAGAUCCACAAUUGGGCACAUUUCCUAGCGUAUUGUUUUGAUCUAUGUUCUGACGUUUUAUACUCUGAAGAGUGACAGACGAAAAGGUUCAGCAUUUUCUAAAAUGUAUGUUUUUUUCAAAGCCAUUUUCAAGCACUAAUAAUUCGCCCCAGCAUAUAGGGCUUCAUCAGAGUAUCUGGGUUGCUCACAAUUUGUAGCCUAAUAAAACGUGUGAUACUGUUGUACACCAAAUCGAACGAUGUUAGUUUUUGAACUUUGACAUUUUGAACUCGGACUAUUGUAGGCUAUAAAAUAGAUAUUUGGCAAACACUUUAUUUCCGGAUAACUUCACUGUUAAUCAUCUAUGCUUCUUUUGGUUUUAGGUCUUACGUGUUUUCAGCUGAUUGGUUGUUAUUAAUACUUGUAAAAUGCUUGUAUCUAUAAAUACACUUUAGUAGUUUUAAGAGGGAGGCUUUUUGGGAGAAGCAUCUUGCUGUUUGUUCAAAGUGCUGACGAAAGAAGUCGUUGUCUCUCUGUUCCUCUCUGCCACAAGUCGAGUUGAAAAGGGCCGUGAGUUAUUUUAUUUAUACUUAGUUGCACUGUAGUUAAAGUGUAGUAUAACAAUACAGGCUCGUCGGUACCGGGGGGCUGGGGGGGCUAGAGCCCCCCAAUAAUUGUCAACCUGUAGUAUGUUUCCUUUGUAACAGUGUACGGAAUGAGAAGGAAUACAAUGGGCAGCCCCCCCCCCCUAAACAUGAAUUUCGUUCGGACGGCACUGUGAUAAUUAUUGACAAUGUAUGUAUGCAAGAUAUACUUUGUAACUGACAAUUUUAUGCUGAAAAGUUUCGCGAGUUCCUUCAAACUUCAAAACGAGACGAUCUCGUAUUGGAAACAUCUGUUCAUGCCUUUGAUUUGUGCCGACAAAAUGGAAGAAUGCGGGACCUAAAAGAUCUACCUGAAAAUGGAAAAGCGCUAUAAUAUGCUUUCACAAGAUAAGGUUUUUGAUAGUAACAUCAUUUUGGACUAUGAAAACCAUGAGUACGAACAGGCUGUACACGAUGAUUCUACAGGUAUGCACAACUGCCCGAGAGCCUCAACAACAAUCGACUACGUCGAGCCGUCAAAUGGCCUAAACGACAAUAUGCAGUCUGCUAAGACAACUAAGAAAAGGAAGGAUUUUCUUCUGGGGUCGAUAAACGUUGCAGGAUAUCAUCCAGGAGAUAACUGUGCGAUUUCGAAUUCAGGUAACCUAGCAGUGUCAAUUACAAGCUCGAAAAUGAACGGCGAUGAAACGCAACAUCGUUCAUCUCUAACUUCUAGUCUCAGCCCAUCUGUGGCUCUAUGUGGCGACCUUGCUCUAAUUAAAAGAACCGAAAAUUGCUUGCAAAUAGACAAUGAUGAAAGUAAAUCUAUGCAGACUUGUCAUAACAGUACGGUAGACAGUAACAACGAAAAUUCACCAAAAGAUUGUCUUGAUUUUGAAUGUGAAGGUGGCCCAAAAUUUCAGGAAAAGCCUGAUGAAGGUAAACCUGAUACUGAAAUUGAUUGUGAAGAUGGAAGUUGUUUCAUAAAAAAGGAUACAGAAGCACCUAUUGAUAUUGAUGAAGGGAUAAAGGAUAAUAACAAGGUGGCCCUUGAUGUCAAGUUCAUGGGUAAGGAUGGAGAAAUUGAGUUGCCUAAUGGAUCCAUUGAAGAAAGGGAACCAUUGAAUGGUGAGGGAGCACCAGAUGAUUUGAGUACAGAGGAUGACCAAAAUCCAUCAGUUGGGUCAAAUCUUCAGUUUCUGAAUACUGGUGAUUCUAUUGUUGUUCUUACUCAAGAUGCAAAUAACAUUGGUCUCUCUUCAAACUUGAACAAUAUGGCAGUAGCUGGUGAUAAACAGAUUGACUUAGGACAUUAUGAAUUCUCUGCUGUUCCUACAGAAAUCAGCAACUUGUCAGCAUCAUUGACAGAGAAUCAACCAACAUUUUUUCAAGUUGAGCUGUAUAGCACAUGUUCCCUACAGAAUGCAACUUGUCAAGUCCCUGCAACUGUUAUAUCUGCCCAACAGGUGUUAACUGUACCGCAACUCUUCAGUUGCUAUUGGGAUGGAUGCAAUACUCACUUCUUAUCAAAAGAGGAUCUAGUCGCUCAUGUCACAACUCAACAUGCAAAGCCUAUUGGACCACAAGAAUACAAAUGUUUAUGGAGAGGCUGUGCUAGGGACGGCAAGAUAUUUGACGCAAGGUAUAAAAUGCUAACUCACCUAAGAAGUCACACGGGUGAAAAGCCCCAUGUCUGUAUGGUUGAGGGUUGCCACAAGAGCUUUGCAAGACUUGAUAAUCUGAAGAUCCACACCAGAUCACAUACUGUAAACCUUACACUGGUGAAAAAUAGCAGGCGGAAAAGUGAUGGCAAAAAGAAAUUCGUAAUCCUAAUAGAACUAUUGUGGUUAUAGAGAAUGGAUGAUCGGGUCAAGAGAAGAAGUGAACAGGACGCGCAUAAUCGGUCGGUAUUUCUCAUAGCAGUCUGGUGAGUAAGAUCUUGCUUAAUUCCAUUUCAAUAGCGAACAGCUUCUUACUUUUGCUAUCGCAUACGACCGCCGACAUCUCAACCCGUGUCUAAUUAGGUCAUGCACAGUAAUUAACAAAAUUACAUAGUGGAUUUUUCGUAUUGCAGUUUAGCUAUCAAAGCUUUAACGAACUGGAUAAUCAAUGAAAUUAGACCUGGUCUGAAGAGAAGUUAUGGCGACUGAACACCAUAACGGGAAGUUCAAUGCACAGCUCCACGCUAACCUCAAUUGUGCUUACUAUCCCGAUUUAGAAGCUAGCUAAAUGUCACAAAAAUAAACGCAAUUCAAAAUAAUCAACUAGUCAUAAUCAUUCGAUUUGAAACAAACGCGUUUCUCAUUUAACAAACACCAAGUGUCGUUCUCGGAGUCUUUCUUUUUUAGAAAAACUUUUGCUUAACGUUUGCCAAGCCCUUCAUGAAAUACAUGAAAUGUUGUAUGUUCAGUUAAUGCAUUUUGUCUUUGAGAUUUUACGAUUGUUAUCUGUGUCGUCAUAAGUGUUGAGACCUUGAUUUCUAUAGCGUACAAUAGCUAGACAUUUCUUUAAGAGUAUGUACUAACCAUCAAUCUGUUGGUGACAGAGGUGGGAUAUCGUAGCCAACAAUUGGUAGGUCUUAGUUACAAUGACACAAAGUUUUCCUAUUGAAAAUGAAAUGUAAGGGGAUAUUUCUUUUAAAUAUCAGGCACUAUCAAAACAUCGUUGAAAAUUCACUGCUUCAGCGUAAUUGCCAAAGAAUUCUAAUUUAUGUUAAUAUAUGUAGAACAAUUCAAAAUAGAGCGCUUUUUGUAUUUGAAGAUGAAGAAUAAAGCUGGAGUUUUUGUAUUAGGUGCAGAUCAGUUCGAAAUAUUUAACAAUUGUCAUUUGUUACCGAAAUUUAAAAGUUAGCCUGUAUGAUUUGCUACUAGGUUAAACAAUUUGUCAUUCACCUAAAGACAAAAUAAUGAUAGGUUGACAAAUGGCUUUCCAGAUUUUCUUCGCUAUCACUGUUUCUGUUUCACACAUUAGUGGUGUUAAUCAAAUAAAUCUGGUAAAUUGCGACUUUGUGUAUCUCAAUCAAAGUAUUAUGCUUGGCAGACAGGUUUCAUUAAGUGUGAAAAAUAAACUAUUUCUAAAAGACGCGUUUUUAACAGCAAACAAGCACAAGGAAUUGUAAAUGUACAGUCAUUGUAUAGAAAUAAGCACGGGUUGAUAAUUAUGAGAAUUACGAGGUGUGAAAUAAAUAUUAUUGUUUAAUAUGUUGGAUUGCGAUUGCCAUUAAAGAGUCAAAGAAAAAUUAUGCCUGCAGGAAUUAUAUCUUGCAAAUUUUACAAGCAAUGUGAAAAUGAAAACAGAUAUUCAUUUCGAAAUUUCUCGUAAAAUGUGAACUGAAGAGUCCCAAGGAUUUGAAUGUUCGUGUUGCAGGUGUGCUACACUUUGCUCUUCUCUUACUGCCGCUAUGAAGGCAUAGCAAUGUUUUGUCUGUGCAAUGUUGAGAAAUGGUAAUGACAGGGAAGACAUGCCCGUGCUAUUUGGUCAUUGCUAAUUUUCAAGCAAUUUAAUUUCGCUACUGACAUGGUAAAGAUUUUAGAUAAGCUAUUAUAAGCAGGUUUUAUUGUCGUUUAUGAGACCAAACGAGCAUCCUAGCGAUAAGUUCGUAAUCGCUUCAGUUUUAAUAAACUUCGGGUCUAGAACUACAUCGUCAGCUGGCUUUUCUUACGAUAAUUUUGAUUGUAUUGGCGGUUACUAUGAUCAGUAUGUCCAUGUGUGUUUGAGAUUGUGUACAUAAAGAGAGCGCCGACGUGUUUGAGGUUAUGGCUCGCGCUCACUUCGGGUCACGGCGUUGCCUCUUAGAUAUCCACAGCGAAAAUCUUAGAGCGACGUAAAUGAAAACUGGGCGCCCCUCGCUUGAAUAUUCAUUACUUGAAAGUACAGCUUCUGCUCCUUUUUUGAAGAGAAACGGUUGUUUAAUUUGUCUUUGAUAUCAUUUUCUUUGAUUUGCAAGUUUCCGACAAACGAAAAAACAACAGACUAAAGCGCCUUCUCUAAGUCUAGAAGCUGCAUGUGAUUAACUCAAAGAGCGAAAAUCUGCAAUUUUGGUUAGGCCGUAUCGCAAAGCGCAAGAUAAACGAGGCUAGUAUACCGCAACGUGUCCAAAAGCAAUGCGGCAUUUUUUCAAAAGAGAUGUUCUUUAAGUGCGUCGCGUCGCUUAGACGGAAGAAACUGAAACAGCCUUUACACCAAAUGAGAUGACGAAAUUUGAAUGUAAAUUUACUGUUUUGUUAUUGACGAGCUAGCACUUGAUCUGCUUAAUUUGCGUAGGGAAUGUUUCCAGUUGGAAAUACAUGUAACAUUAUAGCCAGUUUAAGCAAUGCAGUUAGCAAUCGGUGAAUGGCGGCUGUAGGUUUUCACCCUAACCAAAACAGGCUACGUGCAGGAACUACUGUUUAGAUAGGUGGACAAUAACACAGGGAAACAAACAGCUCUUCAAGGUGCCCGAGGCCUUUGGUUUUGUUACUCAAAGUGCCAGCCUACGUGAAGCUUUGCCCAAAUCUUUUAAGUGUUUCAUAUUGAUACGUUGCUCUUCAUAAUGCAAAAUCAAUAAAACUUGACUUUCAGAAUACCCUCACAAAUUUCUGAAACUUAUUGAGAAAUACUUUUAAUCAUAAUCAACAAAAAACUCAACAACAUUGUUACAGUUGAGUUAAUUGCAAUGCUUCUGAUGAUGCAAGCAUUGUUCACUUUAAUGAGUAUAUGGUAGAAUUCAUCUUAUAAUAUUCUAAUUCAGUUUAUUUUGAUCUCUUUUAUUCGCUAAGGUUUAUUUUCUUCUGUUAUUCUGUAUUGUGUUAUUCGUUGCCAUCGAAUCAUUAUUAUUAUUUGCAAUGAAUGUUCAACAGAUGGAAAACGUACUCUACUGGUUCAAGGGGCAUUUCAAACCUGUUGGAACAGUCUAUCAAAAGUGUCUUUGAUUAAUAACCAAAGUAAACUUGCCUUCUUUUAGAUUUUGCUUCAAGUUCUUCAACUUGUUAUCUUUCAGAGAGUCAGAUAGAGGGGAAGGAGGGGUUCUACCUUAUCCCUUCAUUACUUAAACCUCUAAAGAUACCUUUAAAUGAAUGUUAGAUGAACGUACAUAACUAUGCCAUAUUCCAUUUUUUGCUUAAAGUUCCGUUUUAUGCAAGGCAGCAAUAAAAAUAUCUCGGGUAUUGCAAACAGAUAUCCAUCUUUAAGCUAGCACGAAAAGACGGAAAUUCGAUUAAGUAGCUCAUCAUCUUUUCUUGGAUGCAGAAACUGCUUAGUCACUUGUUAAAAUGUUUUUGUAAUAACUAUCAAAGUUUCUCAAUCUGCUUGUUAAGCUACAUUCCCAAGAUAUUCAAAGUCCCUAUGUUUCUAUAGUCAUAGAAUUUGCCAUUAUGUCAGUGAUUCCAAAUGUAAGAGCAAUAUGUAUGCUUCAUUUGACAUUUAGUUUAUGUCAUCUGUCGCAUCGCUGCACCUGCGUUUUUCCUCUGGUAUCAGCAGUUUCAUUUCCAGAGUUGCUAGGUUAAGUGAAAGCAAGUCGCCCUCCAUGAGACGUAAUUAGUGGCUGUAGAGAGAUUGUAGAGUUUGGAGGAGAAUUCCUGUUGAGUGCUGCAAGAAUCGUGCUUGAAGCUCGUGUUUUCCUGAAACAUUGUUCUCUAUUCUGUCUCCUGACCAAAAAGAGAAAAACUUAGUUUUAUAAAGAAAUAUAAGUCGCCCUCCAUGAGACGUAAUUAGUUGUUGUAGAGAGAUUGUAGAGUUUGGAGGAGAAUUCCUGUUGAGUGCUGCAAGAAUCGAGUUCGAAGCUCGUGUUUCCCUGAAAUAUUGUUCUCUAUUCUGUCUCCUGACCAAAAAAAAUUUGUUUUAAUAAGAAAUAUAAAUUAGUAAAAGAAAACUAAUAUAAAUAACUAUUAUGUUGCACGAUUAUUUUGUGAAAUUUUACUAGAUUCCAUAUGCUUUUAAGUCUCAAAAAUAGUAAAAAGCAUUUAAAUGCAAUUUGGUUCAUAGGAAAAACUAAUAUAUCAGAAAAGAAAGUAUGAAUAAGGAUUAUUACUUUGUAAUUUAAGGCUCUUUUUCAAUAUUUUUGCUUUUGUAUAAUGUAUUUGAAAGCUGCAAAAUAAAUAAGAACUUGAUGGAAAUGGUGAAAUUAUUUUAGGUAUCUUAGAAUUUUCUGUUUAUUUGAAACUGAAACUAUGUCUGAAUUCAUAUUCUGAGGAACAGUAUUUCAAAUACUAAAUUUCUCAAUUUGUUGAAUAUCUUUCACCAAAAAUACUUAUUUGGAAGACUAAUUUUCAUUGCUAUUUUGCUAGCUUCAAAGAAAUUAAAAGCUGAAACAGAACCGUUGGUAUAACAUCACGAGAAGCUAAGCGACAGUAUCAAUGUUGUCACAGCUUUACCAUAAUGGCAACUCCAGUAAUGUGCUCUAAGAGGAGCAGAACACUAGAUUUUUAUUUGUUCAAGUACAAAUUUAGAGGCAAUAAAGUGCUAGUGCCGCUGCCUCUUCUUGCUUUUAUAUUUGAAUGACGGCAUUUAUAUUUGAAUGACGGCAAUGUGGCUCUGCAGCAUGCAGCCAAUUUAAAGAACUUGAUGUACGAAUGGUGCCAUAAGGACGAGCAUUUUUAGCUCUUUAUGUACAAUAUAUCAGGUUUUUUAAAUUUCCUCUUUUUCCAAGCUUAGAUUGUCUGUCUCUGUUUAUAGCUAACUAUUGAGUCUCUUCGACCCGUCAGAUGUCCGCCAAAGAUAUGCUUCUAAAGUGAACAUUUCCCGAAUGACUGAUUAGACAGGCGCCUUUGAAAUGGAAAAAACUUUCAGUAAUUGUCAUGGUGUUGGAGUCAGCAUUUUCGCCGAACGCAAGGACAAGAGAUGAUAUGAUCGUGUUUCUCUUCAAUUGUGUCUGUGUGUCUGUUCUUUAAAUAACAUUACUCCGACUUGUUCUCCCUAGACACAAGAAUCCAUGGCACUUUUUAGAUGCUUAAUUAAUUAAUCUGAGUAAAUUUCUGAAUAACAGUUUCCAAGCAGGCCAUGCCAUCGGCUAUUAAAGCGAGGCAACAAUUGCUAAUAGCAUUUCUGUUGCUACGAUUGACUGAUAACAUCGAAUGCAAAAUCCAUUUCAAAGAAAUGCGUGUUUUUGAUGCAGUUAGUUCUGCAUUUGAAUUGUAUGGAUAUGCUGAAUUCAUCUAAUUCCAAAACUCUAUUGGCUUGCAAACUUUGAUCUAUCGCACUAUAUUCACCACAAUUAACUAUGUUUGCUUGAUUUGCUUCUUGUAAUUGUAUGCGUUAAAACUUUUAAUUUGAUCCCAUGUCUUGCAAUUCAUAAGCUUGAGUUGUUUCUUUUAGUUUUCUCUUCUUUAUGUUAGGCUAUAUAAGUUAGGACUUCAUGACUCUGGUUGAAUAUUUUUAGCAAAAUUGGUCAGGGAAACUAAUAAACCAAAGUGUUAAGUUUCUUUUUUAAUUAUCAAACUGUUGUGAAAGGAUAUUCUUUAUUUCUUUGCUUUUGUUUUGAUUAUCUUCAAAAUAUUAAUGUUGCUUUCCAAUACUCAUUGAAUAUUUUUUCGAAUCCUUCGCUUAUCUCUUUCUUUUGUUGUAGAUACUUUGUUAUUUGCAAAAGGCAUUCGUAACAAUAUUUCAACAUUCUGAUUGAGUCUUUUAUAAUGUCAAAUUCUUGAGUUAAUUUUCUUAUUCGGAUUGUUGACAGUGUUAAAGAAUGGAUGAUGAACAACCAUAAAUGAGAGAUGAAACGGUGCUUCUUGUGGAUCAAUGAGUGCUCCUCUAUUCGUCCAUCCAUGUGGAUCAAGGGGUGUUUCUCUACUCGUCCGUCCGUCCAUUCUUUUUAAUCAGAUAAUGUUUGAGUUAUCAUUGACAAGUGUGUUGUUAUGAAAAGAGCAAGGGGGCCUCGCGGGAAAUGUCUCAAGAUCAACAGUAAAAGUAGAGAACAUCAAAGGGGCUCACUGUUCAGCACCCCUGAGCCCCCAAGCUCUACAGCCUUAAUUUGUUGACAGUACAUGUCACCCUUUGAUAAUGUUGCUUCAUUUGCAGGCUUUAUCACUAACUAGUCCUUAAGGAAACAGCGCUGAUAACAAGGUUUGGUGGUGCCUAAAAGUGUUAUUGUCCUAUGCUACUCUGCAUAGAAUAUAGAGUUUAAUGAAGUCAUGAAGCAAUUACCACUGAAAAGCUAUGGGCAUAAGUAUCACCAAAUCAGCCAAAUUGCAUAUACUGUUCAAAUUUUUGUAAAAUUAGCUGGUAAAGCUCUUUUACCGCGUCUAAGCUACAAUUAUACGAUAGUUUUGGUUAUUUCAUCAUUUUGUAUCUAUAGAAAUUAUGCUGUCUUUCUACUAGGCCAGUGCUAAAAACGAUUGCGGAUAGUUUGCCAUAUAAUUCUUACGUGGAAGUACACUUCUGUAAAAAAAACGUUAUGGAGAAAGCAAAAUUAAGUUAUGACAGAGUAGACCAAACGAAACCAAGUUUUUUUAUCAAGUUUUAUGUAGCAAUAAAUGAAAAGAGGAUACUAAAAACAAAACCUUGGUUCAAUUCAGAAAAGAACUUAAUAGAGGAACAUUUUGCCACUGACUGCACUUUUGGAACUUUGAAUGCAAGUAGACAUUGAAGUAUGCAUACAAUCUUUAGG